CAAUCCCUUAGUAGCUAUUAUUAAAGAGGAGGAGAUUUCAACAAGUAUGACCUAAUAAGAUUUCGGUAAUUCUUUCCGGAAGAAUUAGUUUCCUAAAUCAGUUGGGAAUUCAGUUGACGUAUUCAUCGCUGCUUUUCCGCGACGUUCUUCUUCUUCGGCCAUUGCUACAUUUGGAGUUCUUUGAGCUGUUCAUCAUUCUCCUCUGCAUUCAUCUUCUUCCGCCAUUGCUCGUUUGUUUGCAGAGAACCUUUUAUAGCACAAUGGAUCCUGUUUUACUUGUUAUGGUCAAGGUGGAUGGUUUUUGGGAUUCUGACUAUGUGUUCACCAAUGUGCACACAUGUGGUCUUCAUGUUAACUAUGGUGUUCAAUAUGUUUGUUUUGUUGAUACGUUGACUGACAUCCUUUCUCAGUACAAACCUAAUCAUAAUUUCAGGCUUUCUUAUAUGCGAGAUGGAUUUCCUCUUCCUGUUACUAUAAAUGAUCAAUCUACCUUAACAUUUUAUCUUUAUAUCAAGUCUCUUCAACCAGAUUUUCUAAAGUAUCCACUUUGUGUUGAAUUUUAUCCUAUCUCUUUUUCAUAUCCAUCUUUUGUUCGUGUUGAACCUUCUGCUUUUCCUUCAGCUAAUAAUGUUGUCAUUUCGUCAACUCAUUCACUUUCUGUUAAUGAGAAUGUUGUUGUUGAUUCUUCCCAACAACAUGCCUCCUCACCUGCACUCUCUAUUGAUCAUAGCUCAUCUUUUUUUACUGAAAAUGUGAACCUCUCUGUUAGACACUCUCAAGAUGUUGCUUCUUGUAGUAACACUGUGUCUAGAGCUGUAGAAAUUGAAACAUCCGAAGACAGUGAUGAAGGCAGCGAUGACAUUGAAGAUGACUUAUUAAUAGAAUCAUCUCAGUCACUCUCAUUUCUCCACAAUUUUGAAGUCAUCACACGGUCUCAUCCUACUUGUCUUGUUCUAUAUGCUAUUUACAAAAGUAAAAAAGACCUUAUCCACCAUCUGAAGAUGUAUGCUAUCACAAACCACUUUCAAUACAGAACAAAGACCUCUAGGAAAAUAUCUUUACAUGUUAUUUGCUUAGAUCCUAAAUGUCGUUGGACUGUUCGAGCUGUAAGACUAAAUGGCGUACAAAUGUUUCAAAUGAGAAGAUUCCGUCCAGAACACACAUGCUCUAUUGAUUAUAGACAAGGCAAACAUAGACAGGCAACUGCUACUGUGAUAUCAAAACUUAUUGCACACAAAUACCAUGAUGCUUCCAUUAAACCGUACCCACCAAAACAAAUUUGUGAAGACAUGAGUAUGCAGUAUGGAAUUUCCAUUUCAUACAAAAAAUCUUGGAAAGCACAAAAGAAAGCAAUGCAGCUUCAAUUUGGUUCUGAUCUUGAAUCCUAGCAUGUUUUGCCUUCUAUGGCUUAUGUGCUUGGGAAGGCGAAUCCUGACUCUAUAUUUGAUCUAGUCACUGGGAAGGAUGAUGCAUUUUGUACCUUUUUUAUGUCAUUCACUGCAUGGAUAGAAGCUUGGUCUUACUGCAGACCUGUUCUUAUAUUGGAUGGUUCUUUCCUCAAGGCUUACUAUAAAGGCACUCUUCUUACAGCUUGUUGCCAAGAUGUCAAUGAUCACAUAGUUCCUAUUGCAUUUGGUAUUUGUGAGUCUGAAACAAAAUCUUCUUGGAAAUGGUUUUUAUCCAAAGUCUGUCAGUCAAUACAGUACAGACAUGACCUUUAUGUAGUACCUGAUAGGCAUAAAAGGCUUAUAAAGGCUGUUUCUGAAAUCCUGUCACAUGUUAGCCACGGUUUUUGCGUUGCUCAUCUGCGUCGUAACAUGACAAACAAAUUUAGAGGAUCUGCAGCUAGUUUGGGAUGGAAGUUCAAAGUUGUCUAUAUGGCAACAACUGUUAAACAAUAUGAUGACUACUUAUCCAUAUUGGAUUCUGAAGACCCUAGGAUAAGGACUUGGCUAGACAAAAUAGGUGCUACCACAUGGUCAAAAGUAAUGUCUGGAUCAAAGAGAUAUAAUAUUAUGACAUCCAAUUGUGCUGAGUCUAUGAACAAAGUCAAUGUAUGUGCACGAGAGUAUUCUGUUUCUAAACUUGUUGAUUUUUUGCGUGAAAGGAUGCAACAAUGGUUCGCAGAGAGGAAAGAAAAAGCUGAGAAAACAAGUACUAUACUCACACAUAAAUGUGAGAAACGUCUUGUAGCUUUACAAGCUGAAGCUACACGUAUGAAGAGAUGCUUGGCUUGCUACAUGGUCUGGUAUUAUGCAUCCAAUUGUUGAUCGUGACAAUUGGCAGGUUCCUGCUACUAUUCAAAACAAACUAUGCAAGCCACCAACUUGUAUGAAGCGUCCUCCUGGUCGCCCGAAGAAAUCCAGGAUUCCAUCCAUCGGAGAAUAUAGAGGUUCAAAAAGACAAAGAUGUUCUAGAUGCCAUGUGUUUGGGCAUAAUAAGAAAGCUUGUAGGAAUCCCAUUCCAAUC